UCAAACUUCUGACCGGAAGCAGGUCGGAGCAGCAGCGGACAGUUUGAAGGCGACCGAGCCGAGUUUGAGACGUUGUUUUCACGGUGUUUCCGUUAAACCGGAGACAUUUCUCCUCAGACACCGAGUCACCGAGGACAGAGAGAAACGGACAGCUUUCCCGCCGCCGGAGCACGAAGACACGAAGAUAACGGACCAACAUGGCGGAUUCCUCGGGACGCUAUGAGCGUCUGACAGCAGAGCAGAUGGAUGAACAGAGGAUCCAGAAUGUGGCCUAUCAGUACCUCUGCAGACUGGAGGAGGCCAAGAGGUGGAUGGAGGCGUGUCUGGGGGAGGAGCUUCCUGCUCCCUCCGAGCUGGAGGAGGCGCUGAGGAACGGAGUCUUCCUCGCCAAGCUGGGUCAUCGCUUCGCUCCUGAUGCUGUCGCCCUGAAGAAGAUCUACGACCCCCAGCAGCUACGCUACCAGGCUGCUGGUCUUCAGUUCCGUCACACCGACAACAUCAACCACUGGAGGAACGCCAUGACGACGCUCGGCCUGCCAGCUAUCUUUUACCCAGAAACUACAGAUGUGUACGACAGGAAGAACAUGCCCCGAGCUGUUUACUGCAUCCACGCUCUCAGCCUGUACCUGUACAGACUCGGUCUGGCUCCACAGAUCCAGGAUCUCUACGGGAAAGUCAAGUUCACAGAGGAGGAGAUCAACAACAUGAAGUCUGAGUUGGAUAAAUACGGGAUCCAGAUGCCGGCCUUCAACAAGAUCGGAGGGAUUCUGGCCAAUGAGCUGUCAGUGGACGAGGCUGCAGCCCAUGCGGCGGUGAUUGCCAUCAACGAGGCGGUGGACAGAGGCGAGGUGGCGGUGACGGCGAGCGCUCUGAGGAACCCCAACGCUCAGCUGGCCGAGCUGCAGGACGUCCUGAUGGCCCUCUACCAGGACAGGCUGCAGCUGGACAAGAACAGGAAGAGACUCGCAGCCAAUAGGGGUGGAGGUCCAGAGGAGAAAGAUAUCUACGAAGAGUUUCUGACUCACAGAGAAAUCCAGAACAACAUCAACCUGGUUAACGUGCGUUGGGCGGUGGAGCAGGUGGAUGAAGCUCUGGACUCGGCAGAUGAACUAUCUCUGCUCUCUGCUCUGCAGCUGCCAUGUUUGGCCCUCAGGGGCCUCCGUACUGAAAACAGCCCCUGGUACCUGGACCAGCUGUCUGCAGAUCGCCAGCAGAAAGCCCUGGAGGACGGGUGUGUUGAUCCUCUGGAUCCUGACGAGCUGCAGGAAGCCGUUACCCUCGGCAACCAGGAGGCUCACCGAGCCAGGACAGUGGAUGCAGCGCUGCAGAAGGUGAAUGAGUCUCUGCGUCUCAGUGACCCCCGACACACCGUCAGCUGCUUGAUGAACUCUGACCUGCAGCUUCCUGAAGUGUUCCCGUUCGCUGCCUCUCUCUACCACCGAGAGCUGCAGCUGCUGCAGACACAGAGCACUCAGGGGGAGCUGCAGCAGGAGGAGCUGUUUGUUGCCGUGGAGAUGCUGUCGGCUGUCGCUCUCAUCAAUCAGGCGUUGGAGGCGGGACGUGUGCAGCAGUUCAGCUGCUCAUUGGUCAGUCCGUCUGCAGGACUCUCUGAUGUUGAGGACUCUCUGCUGGACAGGUACUUUGAGUGUCUGGUUGGUUGGAAGAAGAAACAGCUGAACGGAGAUCUGCUGACCUGGAAUCAGCUGCAGGAAGGAAUCAACUCUGUAAAUAACUCAGCAGAGGACGAACACCAACAGGUGGUGUGUGUGCGUGUGGUGAACCAGGCCGUGCUGAGAGGAGACCCUGACCAGCUGCUGUCUGCUCUGCUGCUGCCCUCCUGUGGAGCCCAGGAGGUAACACCUGGAAACAUCUGGAGGUACCUGACGCUGCUGCAGAGAGCCAGGCAGCACAGAGCCCAGGUGAGCAGAGACCCAGGAGCUGAGCUGUGGUUGGCUGAUAUCCAGGAAGCUGUGACGAGAGCCAAUCAGCAGAGCCAGAAAGCUCUAAAGAUGUGUCUGUCCCUGGCUGCAGUGAACCAGGCUGUGAAGGAGAACCGAGUGAAUCAGACUCUUCGUGUCCUCCGUCUCCCUGAAGUCCAGCUGCAGGAACUACUUCCUGUCUGCGCCGCCGAGUAUCAGAGAGAGCUGCUCAGCCUGAUCACACAGAGAACACUGGCAGGAGACAACAGGAGUCCGUGGGUUCAGGUCCAGCUGGACGACGGCUCGUUCUUCUUCCUGGACCUGAAGAGACUGCAGGGAGGCUGGGAGAAACCCAAGGGCUUCGUCCACAACAGCGUGUUCCUGGACCGGAAGCAGAUACAGGAAGUGGUGAGCAGUGUCUCGGGCUCGUACAGCCGCAGCGUGCUGUGGCGGAGCAGCGAGGCCCUGCUGGUCCGCCUGCAGGCCGCCAGUCGAGGCUUCCUGCUCCGACAGGAGCUGCAGGCUCGACGAGGCUACCUGAGCAGCCACACACCUGCUGUCAUCAUCAUCCAGUCUCACUGGAGGAGGUUUGUCCAGCAGGGGGCCUACCGACGCCGGCUGCAGUUCCUCUACAUGAACUGGAGAGCUGUUGUCAAGAUCCAGGCGUUUGUGAAGAUGUGGUUGGCGAGGAGAAAGUAUCGAGCUCGACUGAGUUUCUUCAGACGCCACGUUGGCGCUGUGAUAAAGAUCCAGGCUUUCUUCAGGGCCAACCGAGCCCGAGAGGAGUACAGGAUGCUGGUGCACUCGGCCACGCCCCCUCUAUCCGUGGUCAGGAAGUUCGUACACCUGUUGGACCGCGGCGACGGUGACAUCACCGAGGAGGCGGAGCUUCUGCGUCUGCGGGAGGAAGUGGUACGGAGCAUCCGCUUUAACCGCCAGCUGGAGGAAGACCUGACGCUGAUGGACCUGAAGAUCGGCCUGCUGGUCCGAAACAGAGCCACGCUGCAGGAAGUUGUGUCUCACUGUAAGAAGCUGACGAAGAAGAACAAGGAGCAGUUGUCAGACAUGAUGGACGUGGAGAGAAGUAAAGGACUGAAAGCUCUGAGCCGAGAGAGGAGAGAGAGACUGGAGGCCUACCAGCACCUCUUCUACCUGCUGCAGACCCAGCCCCUGUACCUGGCCCAGCUGAUCUUCCUGAUGCCUCAGAGUCGCUCCACCAGCUUCAUGGAGAUGUUGGUCUUCAGUCUGUUUAACUACGGAUCAGACUGCAGAGACGCCUUCCUGCUGCUGCAGCUGUUCACUGCAGCACUCACACACGAGAUCAGGGAGAAGGUGGAGCGGCCUCAGGACAUCGUCACCGGCAACCCCACCGUCAUCAAGAUGCUGGUGAACUUCUACCGCCACGCUCGCGGUCAGAACUCCCUACGGGACACUCUGGGUCCGGCUCUGCAGGACGUCCUGCUGGACCGCACGCUCAGCAUCAGGACGGACCCAGUGGACGUCUACAAAACCUGGAUCAACCAGACGGAGACGCAGACCGGACACAAAAGCUCUCUGCCCUACGAGGUCUCCCCCGCCGACGCUCUCAGUCACCCUGAAGUCCAGCGACGCAUCGACAUCGCCAUCAUCAACCUUAAGAACCUGACCGACCGAGUCCUCAAAGCCAUCACCUCCAACCUCCACAAACUACCGUACGGUCUACGUUACACGGCGAAGGUUCUCCGAGACGCUCUGAAAGCUAAGUUCCCUGAAGCCAGCGAGGACGAGCUCUACAAGAUCGUGGGGAACCUGGUCUACUACCGCUACAUGAACCCGUUAUCCUGAAGAACAUCUGGACCCUCUGCCGGCUCGGCCCUGCAGCCGGAGCAGCGCCACAUCCUGGGCUCCAUCGCCCGCAUGCUGCAGCACGCCGCCGCCAACAAGCACUUCCACGGAGACGGGUACCACGUCAGAGCUCUGAACCAGUACAUCAGCCAGACCCACAGCCGGUUCAGGAAGUUCCUGGUGUGUGUGUGUGACGUUCCUGAACCUGAGGACAGAUUCAACAUGGACGAAUACUCGGAGCUGCUCAUCGUCAACAAACCUGUGGUCUACAUCUCAGUCAGCGAGCUGCUCAACACACACACAUUGUUGUUGGAUCAUCAGGAGGUUCUGUGUCCUGACCCCUCCAACCCUCUCAGACUGCUGCUCAAUGACCUGGGACCAGCCCCCACCCUGCAGGAACUCACUGGAGAGUCUUCUUCGUCAGCUGAUCCAGGAUCUGAGGUUUCUCUGACUCUCACCAACAAGUUUGACAUCUUCAACGAGUCUGAGGACAGACCGGACGCCAGAGGACUGCUGCUCAGCACCAAGCAGCUGAUCAUCGAUGUCAUCAGAACGCAGUCAGGUGACUCUCUGACAGACAUGCUGAGAACCUCUGUGUCACAUGACCAGGAAGUGUGUCAUGAUUGGCUGAUGCAGCGGCGAGCUCGGCAGGACGCCCGCACGCCUGACAAGAUGAAGAGGAACGAGUCGCUGGUCGCCAACGGCAACCUGAGUUUGGAGGAGAAGAAGAGGAAGAUCUUGAGAUGUCUUCGUCGUCUGGAGGGACUCGGAGUCCUGAGAGCCCCCCACCCCGAGAACCAGAUCCUGCAGAUGAUCGCCAAGGACAUCCGUCAGCAGCGUGUGCACCGCCAGCGGCGAGGGGCGGAGCUUCAGAAACUCCGUCAGACUCUCAGCAGCCUGCAGGACAAGAGCAGCUUCCACAGCCAGCAGGUGGACUACUACAGACAUUACAUCACUUCCUGUCUGGACCACCUGACUCACAGCAGUAAGUCGACCAAUAAGAAGAAGCUUCCUGCUCUGAGCUACAGCGCCGCCCGGCUGCAGGAGAAAGGAGUUCUGGUGGAGAUCCAGGACCUGCCAGCUACACAGUUUAAGAACGUGGUCUUUGACAUCGUCCCUGGACCGGAGAAAGGAACGUUCAACGUCAAAGCUCGAUUCCUCGGCAUCGAGAUGGAAGAGUUCCCGCUCAAAUACCAGGAUCUGCUGCAGCUGCAGUACGAAGGCGUGGCCGUGAUGAAGAUGUUUGACAAAGCCAAAAUCAACGUCAACCUGCUCAUCUUCCUCCUCAACAAGAAGUUCUUCAAGAAAUGAAGUCCUGCUCUUCUUCUACACUCCUAUCUCUGGUUGUAUAUCUACAACAGAGUGACCCCUCCUCUCUACACUCCUAUCUCUGGUUUUAUAUCUACAACAGAGUGACCCAUCCUCUCUACACUCCUAUCUCUGGUUUAAUAUCUACAACAGAGUGACCCAUCCUCUCUACACUCCUAUCUCUGGUUUAAUAUCUACAACAGAGUGACCCAUCCUCUCUACACUCCUAUCUCUGGUUUUAUAUCUACAACAGAGUGACCCAUCCUCUCUACUCUCCUAUCUCUGGUUUUGUAUCUACAACAGAGUGAC